CUCACCACUCAGAGGAGAAGAAAUCUUUCCUGACACCCAACCUGAACCUGCCUUGGUGCAACUUGAGGCCGUUCCCUCUCGCCCUAUCGGUGUCACCUGGGAGAGGCCGACCCAAAGAGGUACCAGAAAUGAAAAAGCUCAUCCUGCCUUACGAACAGCGAGAUGGGUGGCAGUGGUAAAACGCCACAAGAACUUCGAAGCAAACCAGAAGCCGCAGCCUGGGGGCCUCCUCAGCACCCCAGGCGCUUUACUCGCAACUCUAGCCGAAUGAGAAGACACCCAUUCCCACCCAUCAGCACGGGCGGGCUCUUUUGUCGCUUCUCCCUCGAAUCGGACGGAACGGGGCGUCUCCGCGCUGCGACUCCCUUCCGCCUCCCCUUCCGCAAGGCGCCCCGCUCCGCCCCGCUGCAGGCCGGUAGGUGGGCACCGCCGGGUUCCGCUCCUGCCUACGGCCAGCCCUAUAGCCAGCCCCAUAGCCGGCCCCACGGCUGCUUUCCCAGCUCAUCCUGCGUGUCACUUCUUGGCUUGGGGUUCGGGCAGGUCCUCCCGCGGCAAACAAAUAUCCUUGUUAUUAUCUGCCUCCCUCCCCAACCGCGUUUAGAACGACUCCCCCUCCCCCCGGUUUAUUUUCCGGUUUUCAGCAUGGCCGUGGAUUGGAUCGGGUUCGGCUACGCCGCUCUGGUGACAUCGGGAGGGCUCAUUGGCUACGCUAAAGCAGGCAGUGUUCCAUCGCUGGCUGCUGGGCUGCUCUUUGGAAGUCUGGCUGGACUGGGUGCCUAUCAGCUCUCCCAGAAUCCAAGCAAUGUUUGGAUUUCUCUGAUUACAUCUGGAACACUGACUGCCGUAAUGGGAACAAGGUUUUACAACUCUGGAAAGUUCAUGCCUGCAGGGCUGAUUGCUGGUGUCAGUUUGCUGAUGGUUGGAAGAUUAGCACUGAAGAUGGUGGAGAAGCCCCAUGAAAAGUAAUUGCUCAUUUUACUGCUUAUCAUCUGCAUGAAAAAACCUGAUAAUGACACUGUGAACACAGAAGCAAGAAAAUGAGGAUGGAUAGUUACAUAUGAAGUGCCAUUUAUUUCAAGAAUCUGGUAGAGCUCUUACUGUGCAGUGAGAAUUUGGUCCUGGUUGUUUUUUUGAAACACAUUUCAAUGUAUUUUGAUACUUUUGAUUUUUAUAUCCCAAAAUAUACUGAUGACAUAUAUGAAGUAGAGUGGAUCUGUAAUUAGGCAAGCAACCAUGCAGUGUCACCAGAAACAACUGGCUGAAUACAGCACUGUAUCUCAUAACUUUUAUACCAAGUACUACAGUAUGCUUUACCUGAUGUAUUCUGAGUUGAUAUAUCAUGUCUGUGUAACACCAAACAAAUCUUUUUAUUGUGAAAUGAUGCUGAAAUGUUGCUUUUCUACAAGUAAAACCUGUUACAAACA